GGCCGGUAUUGGAAAGAAACACUGUCAAUCAAAAUACGGGGCGUGUCAGCAAUAGAAGGGCUGUGGUGUGAGUAGAACAAAGAGUUGAAGAUGUCUUUCUGCAAAGAGCAGGCAGCUAUCAGCAGGGUGAUGGCUUUCCUCCAGGACUGGGACCAGGGGAGCAAGGCGGUCCGCAGCCGGAUGCUGUCCGAUUUUAUAAACCAGCACAGCGGUAAAACCGGCCCAGAGUUGGAGCUGGAAUUUGCACAGGCUGCCAGCCUGUUUUUGGCCAGACUGACAUCCUGGCUAAGACUAACAUACUUGACAGGUACAUAUUUAGACCAGCAAUUACAGGCUAUAGGUGUUUUUCUUUCUGCAGCAAGCAACCAUCACUUCCUGAUUGAGUUUUUGGAAGUCGGAGGUGUUUUAACCCUUUUAGAGAUCCUAGGACAGAAGCAGUCAAGGGAAGAGAUACAAGUGGAAACUUUAAAGUUACUUCAGACUGUUGCCAACGCUGGGAGGAAGUACAAAGAGCUCAUUUGUGAAAGCUAUGGUGUGCGAGUCAUCGCUGAAUGCUUAGCCCUGUCGAAGACUGAGGAGUCCCAGGACCAGGCCCGCUUCCUUCUGGAGUCACUGGCCCACGGAAACCCCAAGUACCAGAACCAGGUGUACAAGGGGCUAAUAGCACUGCUACCUUGCACCUCCCCCAAAGCACAGCAGCUGGCCUUGCAAACACUCCGGAUUGCACAGGUAAUUGUAAAGACAGCCCAUCCAAGUAUUGUGGAACCUCUUCUGAAUUUGCUGAGAUCAUUGCACCUUGAAGUGCAAUAUGAAGCAAUUGAGCUGAUCAGAGAGCUGAUGCAAUAUGAAGUAAGACCAGCAUUGCUAAAAGGCCUUGUUGCUUUGCUCAAGCCAUCCAGAGAGGGAAUUAACAAACCUCAAAUUUUGAACGUUCCAGUAAUGCAGAAACUAAAUGAAUCCCUGCCAGUGUUUGUUCAGCAAGCUGCUGCAGCGAAGGCCAUUGGGAUCUUGGCGAGGGAGUCGCCUGAGUUCAUGGAGGAGCUAAUCAACCUGAGAGUAGUGCACCACCUGCUAUGUGCCAUGGGCAACCAGGACCACGCAGACAGCCAGCGCGAAGCCAGCCUGGCCCUGGAGUAUUUUGUCCGUAUCUUCCCUGUUGUGGAAGAGCAUGUGAAGAAAGCAAUGGGAGAAAGCCUUUUUGAGCUCUUCCUGGACAAUUCUGAGGUUUUAUAUAUGAAGAUGGAUGUAAUUCAAGCAGAUAUUCUGGCUUCAAACAAAAUCAACAUUGCUGGAGUUCAUGAAGUCUCUGAAUGACAUCACUGUCAAUGCAGUGGAAGAGUAUACAAAUUUAAAAGUAUUUAUUGUUAAGUUUGUCAAAGAUGUACUGUUUUGAAUGGUUUUGGUUUGAUGUUUAACCAUAUAUUUUUUUAAAAAAUGUUGCUUAUUUUUUGUUGUUGUAAUAUGACUAUAAAUUAAAUUCAAGAACCAACAUUUGAAACAUAUUACAGUAAAAACA